AUGACGGACGGAGGCCAUCCGAACCUGAACCUGACGCCGGAGGAGAAGCGCGUGUUUUAUAAACUGUUCCAAGUAGCAGAUAAGACGAAUCUCGGCGUCGUGACUGGUGAAGUGGCCGUUUCCUUCUUUGAGAAGACCAGUCUCCCGCCGGAGACAUUGGGUUUGAUAUGGCAAAUUGCAGAUACACAGAACCGUGGACUUCUUACCCCGUCUGGGUUUGGAGUAGUUAUGCGAUUGAUCGGACAUGCGCAGGCGGGCCGCGCCCCGACAGAAGAAUUGGCUCUUCAGCCCGGUCCUCUACCAAAAUUUUCGGGCUUGAGCAAAGAUAUUAUGGAGCCUACCCCGCAGGCUCCGCCGCCUAUCGCAUCCAGCCCUCCCCCCGGAGCCGGCCCCGUUAGGGUCCCGCCGUUGGUCCCCGAGGAUGUUACAAAGUUCACCUCCCUGUUUGAGAGAUCGGAGGUUCAGAAUGGGCUCCUCUCAGGUGAACAUGCGAAACAGAUAUUCGAACGAGCAAGACUGCCGAACGAAAUUUUGGGUAGAAUCUGGAAUUUGGCUGAUACGAAACAGCGAGGCGCGUUGGAUGCGACAGAGUUCAUUAUCGCCAUGCAUUUGUUAAGCGCGUACAGGAAUGGUACGAUGAGAAUAUUACCGCAGAGCUUACCUCCAGGUUUGUACGAUGCAGCUGCUCGGCGUGGAGGAGUCCGCACAUCGACCAGCUCGCGAUCGUCCUCAGACAUACCUCCCGUACCCGCAAUUCCAAAGCAGUUCAGCGGAUCGGGAACCCAGCGAGCUCAAAGCCCACUCAACCGGCCGCCACAGUUCCAGUCAACCAUUCCCACGCAGUCCACUGGUGGUGAUUGGAUGAUCACCCCACAAGAAAAAGUGCACUUUGAUACGGUGUUUGGAACUGUUGAUAAAGCGAACCUGGGAUACAUUACUGGCGAUCAGGCUGUUGAAUUCUUCACUAAUGCGCAGUUGCCGGAGGAAACGUUGGCUUCUAUUUGGGACCUGGCUGAUAUCGAUUCUGACGGGCAGCUGAGCAAGGAUGAGUUUGCUGUUGCCAUGUACCUGGUUCGGCAACAGCGCACUACCCGAGAACCUUUACCGCAAGCAUUACCCCCAGCUUUGAUUCCUCCAAGUAUGCGACGCCAAGUUCCACCUCCAGCUCCAGCAGCUGGAAUUGUCCCCCAAAAUACAGCCCAACGCUCCGCGGCAGAGGAUUUAUUCGGACUCGACGUUUUCGGAGCCCCGGUCCAAGUGGCACAGACUACAGGUGGCUCGAAUCCUGCUCUCCAGCCUCCGUCAUCACUCACUCAGUCGCCGCUUAGCGCGAGUGCGACGUCAACAUUCAAGCCCUUCGUCCCCUCCUCAAGUUUUGGGCAGAGCCUUACCCCACAUACCACUGGCUUGCCGAACGCACCGGUACAACAGCGAUCUCCACCACCGUCUGCAGAUGAUUUGUUGGCGAAUGUAGAUGUUGAAGCGAGCAAGAAGCUAUCCCAGGAAUCUGUAGAUUUAGCCAAUCUCUCCAAUCAGAUCGGUAGCUUGUCGAGAGAGAUGCAGAACGUGCAGGGGAAACGUGCGGCAGCGGAACAGGAUCUAGCCCAAAACAGUCAACAGAAGAAGGACUUCGAGGCUCGCCUUGCGCAGGCAAGAGCAAUGUAUGAGCAGGAAGCAAAGGAUUUCAAGGCUCUAGAAGAUCGAUUAACAGCGUCUCGCACGGAAACAAAAAAGCUUCAGCAAGAUUUUGCCUUGAUCGAGGCUAGCCGCCAGGAUCUGCAAAACCAGUAUAACCAAGUGAAUGCUGCCCUGGACGCUGACCAACGUGAGAAUGCUAGUCUCAAGGAACAAAUCCGGCAGGCUAACGCACAAGUUAGUCAAUUGAAGCCGCUUCUAGAUAAAGCCCGGUCCGCGGCUCGUCAACAGAAGGGCCUGGUAGCCAUUAACAAAAAACAGCUUGCGACUAUUGAGGGUGAGCGGGAUCGAAUCCAGGGUGAAAUCGAUAGUACGACUAUGGAGGUAGACGAGUUACAGCGUCAAGCAUCUGAACUACCAUCGUCUGCUUCGCAACCUCCUCCUAUCGCCAGCCCUGCUCCUUCAACUGCGAGCCAAACAAACCCGUUUUUCCGACGAACCGCAAGUGUAUCCGAUAAUUCAUUUUCUCCUCCACCGCCAUCAUCAUCUUCUCAAGAACCCUCAAAAGACGCUCAGAGUGUGUUUGACAAUGUAUUCGGACCAUCGUUCACCGUGCCUUCAACCUUCACUCCACCACCGCCGACGACUUUCCGAACGGAGUCGCCAGCCCAACAAACUCCACUGGCGGCUGGUCCCGCUAGGACGUCGGAUACGUCCGGCACGCUCACACCAUCAGCUUCCCCCAGCUCAGCCGAACCCCCUCCUCCCCCACAAUCUCGGCAGAUUUCAUCCAGCCAGCUUCCUAUUGAAGGCCACCAGACAUCUGAAGCUUCUUCGGUCAGGCCCUCCCCGCCCACUAGCCGAUUUGGGACUUCGGUAACCUCGGAGCCUGAUACAAGCUCGUCAGCAAAAUCUCCAUUUGAGAGUGAAGAUCCAAAGCCUGAGACGAAACUUGAGAAACCGUCUAGCGAUUCCGACGGAAGCACAAGCCAAACCGGACAAGAAGCCGAGGUGUCCAAUAUUCCUGGUUUCUUCCCCGUAAAGUCAGCGCAAGCCGCAUCUACAAAGAAGGAUGCCAGUUUUGACGAGUUAUUUGGCGGCAUCACGCAUGCGCGGUCCCCGUCUCAGAAGGCCAACGACUUUGAAGAGGCGUUUGCGCAAAUGAAAGUGAAAAACGGUGGUGAUUCUGGGUUCCCCGAAGUAGCUGGUGGGAAGUCAAAGGAAGGAGCCAGCGAGUUCCCUCCCAUACGAGAGCUUGAUGACGAUGACGACAGUACAGAUAGCGAAGCUGCCAAGGGGUUCGAUGAUGACUUCUCGCCAGUUUUCACCGCCACGACAAAAUGA